AUGGCGGGGGAGCGGGGCGGCUGCUGGGCGGGGCGAGCUGCCGGGCCACGCGAGGCGGCGGGCGUGAGGCGGGCACGUGCUCUGGGGCGGGAGCGCGGCCGCCCGGUCCCUGUGCCCGUCCCCGUGCCCGUCCCCGUGCCCUGCCCGUCCUCUCCUCGGCCUCGGGCGCCCGGGGACCUCGGCGGCAGCCUCCACGCCCCGCCGGCAGGUACGCGGGGUCGAGGACCGAGGGCCCGCGGCCGCGCCUCAGAGCGGGGCGGGCCGAGGGCUCCAAAUCCGCCCGUUUUUCCCCCGAAAACCGCCGCGGCUGGCGCCCUCUGGCGGCCGAGGUGGUUUCACGGCCCGGUGGGGCUCCGCGCGGGCGCGUGGCUUUGCACGGCUGCGCGGGCCGUUGCACGGGCGCACAGGGCUUUGCACGGCUGUUGCACGGCUGCACAGGGCUUUGCACGGGUGUUGCACGGCUGCACGGGCCGUUGCACGGCUGUUGCACGGCUGCGUGGGCCGCUGCACGGGCGCACAGGGCUUUGCAGGGCUGUUGCAGGGCUGUUGCACGGCUGCGCGGGCCGUUGCACGGGCGCACGGUGCUUUGCACGGCGGCCGUGCAGUCAUUGCACGGGUGAUGCGAAACGUGCCUGCACCUGCGCUCCUGCGCCGGCCCUGCUGCAUCCCAGUCCCAAACCAGUCCAGAGCGGGGGAGGUGAGCGCAGACCCCGGUGUCCCCAGGGCCACGCUGUCUCCGCAGGGUGCCCAUGGGCUCCCCAUCAGCCACCCCGAGGCUGCUCUACCGCAGCACCCGCCUGCUCCGGACGGCCUUCCAGCACCUCCACCAGCAGCAGCAGCGAGCGGAUGUCUUCUGCGACGUGGUUCUGCAGGCUGAAGCCCCUUCUUCAUGGAGCAGCUGGCCCGGGAGCUGCCCCCGCCGGGUCGCAGGGUGGUGCUGAAGCUGGGGGGGCUGAAGAUCGGGGUGCUGCGCAAGCUGGUGCGCUUCCUCUACACUGCCGAGCUGGAGGCCACGCGGGAGGAGGUGCAGGAGGUGCUGGCAGCUGCCCGCCGUCUCCGCGUCACCGAGCUUGAGUCGCUGCAGCUGCAGGGGGGACGCCUGGUGAGGCCAGGACCCCAGCGGCAGCUUGACCGCUCUUGCCUGCACCCCCCCCAGCACGGCUGCCCCGUGGCAUUGGCUGACAGGGCUGAGCCCGGCGGCACCGGCAUCCCUCCUGGGAACACCAGUGAGGGGCAGCCAUGCUCUCCGGAGACCAUGCACCCCAGCCCCGGCCCUGUGAGGCGGGUGAAGCUGCGGAAGGUGGAGAGUGGGGGGUGCUGGGAGGUGGUGCAGGAGAGGCAGCCCCCCACCGCACCCGGCGCUGUGGCAGCGGGCGAUGGGGGGGUGGCAGAACCACGCACCCCCCCGGAUGCGGGUACACUGGGGCGAGCAGGCGGGCGCUCCCCGCCCUGGGUGGCCUGGAAGAAGCAGGGCCAGGUGCCCCCCACACCCCAGCAGGGCUAUGGGCAGGCAGUGCCCCUGGGAGACCCUCCAGGUGACCCCGAGGAGGAGGUAGAUGUGGGGACGGUGGAGCCGUGCCUGCCCCCCGGCACCAUCUGCGUCUGGCCCUGCCCCUCGUCUGAGUCGGAUGAGGAGGUGGACGUUCUCACCUAGGGGGGCCGACUCUGUCCCCCCUGCCCCUGCCUGUAGUCAGGACAAUGCAGGCAGGGCUGCCCUCACCCCAGGCAAAGGGGCUGCACCAGCCCCAGGCUGCGUGAUAUUGAAAUAAAGCGUUAGAGCUGC